AUGGCCCGGUUCACCGCCAAGAUCGCCCUCGUGACGUCGUGCGCAUCCGGCAGCGGCGCAGCCAUCGUCCGGCGGCUGGCUUCGGAAGGGGCGGUGGUGAUCGCGGCGGACAAGUCGGGCCACGAAAAACUGGCGGCGGAGGUCGGGAGCAACGUGAUCCCACGACACCUAGACGCGGCGUCCGAAGACAGCAUCCGCGAGCUGGAAGAAUACGUGCGCGCAACGCAUGGGCGGCUGGACAUUCUGGUCAACAACACGGGGAUGGGGGGGCCGCGGUGCCCGAUCCUGAACGUCACGGCCGCGGACGCCGCCGAGGUGUUUCAGUACAACAUUCAAGGCGCCUUUCUGAUCCUCCAGCUCGGACUGCGGUUCAUGACGGCACAGGCCAGUGGAGGCUCGAUCGUGUGCACGGCAUCGGUAGCAGGGGUCCGCAGCGCGCCUAACUCGGCACCGUACGCCAUGUCCAAGGGCGCCGUCAUCGCAAUGACCAGAACAGCAGCGAUCGAGUACGCCAACGCGGGGAUACGGGUCAACGCAGUAGCGCCCGGUCCUACGGCGGUGCCUAUGGUGGAAGCGCUGGGGACGACAGCGACCGCGGGGCUGAGGGCACGGAUCCCGCAGGGGAGGCUGGCAGAGCCGAGGGAGGUCGCCGCGGUGGUUGCGUUCCUGGCGGAUGAUGAAGAUGCGAGCCACGUUACCGGCCAGGUUUGGAGUGUUGAUGGGGGGUGGACGGCGUCUUAG